AUGGCCAACCAUAAGAUCCAUCGAAUUUUGGUGGAUAAUGGAAGCUCGGCUAAUGUCCUGUAUUGGCCGAUUUUUAAGCAAAUGGGUAUUGAUCGUGAUAGGAUCAAACCAUUUGGCUCUCCCCUGGUCGGACUUUCAGGGGAGCAAGUCCAACCAAUUGGUUUUAUUUCUCUCCCUAUAAUAGUAGGGACGGCACCCAAGCUGAAAACUGUGAAGGUAGAUUUCUUGGUCGUCGAUCGACCUGGUGCCUACAAUGCCAUCAUAGGUCGUCCUGACUUGAAUAAGCUGAAGGCCGUAACUGCAACUUACCACUUGAUGAUGAAGUUCCCAAUAGAAGAGGGAGUUGGAGAAGUGAAGGGAGAUCAGACUCAAGCGAGAAGAUGUUACAAUACAUCUCUCAAGAAGGCCUCGGACUCGACUCCUAUUGUAAUUGGUGCAGUGGGUGGUAAAGGCAAGAAUGAGCCAAAGGGUGAGCCAGCUGAGCCACUGGAAGAUGUGGUAGUUGGUGAAGGCAGAAUUUUGAAGAUCGGGACGCAGCUCGGUCCCAGGAUCCGAGAAGGUCUUGUCAACUUCCUUCGACAGAACUUGGAAGUUUUCGCAUGGACUCAUGAUGAUAUGCUAGGAAUCAGUCCUGAAGAUAUUCUCCACCAACUCAUUGUGGAUCCGAGUGUGAAGCCGGUAAAGCAAAAAAGAAGGAAGUUCGCUCCUGAGUGGAAUAUGGCUAUAGUUGAAGAAGUGGAAAAGCUGCUCAGAGCUCGGUUCAUUGAGGAAGUCAAUUAUCCCGAUUGGUUAGCCAAAGUAGUAUUGGUCAAAAAAUCCAAUGGGAAGUGGAGGAUGUGCGUAGACUUCACUGACCUCAAUAAAGCUUGUCCAAAAGACUGCUUUCCAUAA